AUGGUGAAGCGAAGAAAGAGGGCACCUCGACAUCAGGGACGCCGCCCCACCAUCUGCUGUCACUUACCUGCACCUCAGCUCAUACGGGGAGAGUCUCCAACAAGCAGUUUACUUCCUCAGGUUCGCGUGCAAGGAAAUAAGUCUGGAGAUCUGCUCCUGGGGCUGGACACAACCG